AUGUCCAACGGCAAUUCACGCACAGAAGUGCCCAUGUCUCACAAUGAGCAGUCUCAUUAUGUUCGCACCCAAGAGUACACAGCUACGCCACGAUAUCCAAGCGCCAUGCGCCUAGAUGGGUCUCUCGGGGCAGCCUAUUUUGGGUUGUCGGGCACGGGCAAUGAUGACACUGUAAUCGUCGACAUGAAAAGUUUUAACCGCGACUCCCACCAAUUUGCAGAGGGAGACUUUGUUUGCCCGGGAUUUUUCAACCAUGUCGAUCUGGGUGGGUUUACCCGCCGCUUCAACCCUUCCCAGUGGAACUACGAUAUGCGCCGCCAAGCCCAGUCUGUCUUUCCAUUCUUAUCUCUCGGCCCUUCAUCAUGUCUCCGUGAUACCGAUUACAUCCGGAGCCAAGGGUUCACACUACUUCUAGCUAUUCGAAGUCGCCACUCGGCCCUGGCACGCCUCGUCUCUGGCGAAAAGGCAGCCGCCGAGGUCGGUAUCAUGGCGGACACGAUUGAUGUCCUUGAUAACCAAGAGCUCAUUUCUGCUUUUCCACGCGCUAUCCGCCGCAUCAAUGACCAUCUAGCUGGUGUGGAUAUGGGAACUAAUUGGAUGGCACCAGACGGCCAACAACAGAAACGGAAAGUUCUUGUUUUCUGUGAAUCUGGGAAUGAACGAUCCGCUGGCGCCGUCAUUGCCUAUGUCAUGGUCAUGCUUAAUGUUCACUCUGCUGAAGCUACGCACAUGAUUCAACAGCGUCGUUUUUGUGUCUCAAUUGAAGACAAUAUGAAAUGCAUCCUCGCCGCUUUCGAGUCCAUUCUUUCUGCUAAACGGGAUGUCCAGCGUGCUAAACAGACUACUGUUCGUGGAGCUGCGACUCUUGCGCCCCCAUCGGCACCGCCAAUUCUUACCAAAAAGCGAAGCUUUCAAGACCAUAGAGAUGAUAACCUUGCCGUGGGGGAGGGUGAAAUGGAUAUGGAUGCGGAUGGGGACCCCUUCUACGAGCGAAAGCCGAAUGCUCCCUUCCAAGACCGCAUAGUCUAG